AACAACCAAUCACAAAACAGCAGAAAAAGCGGCAAUUUGUUUAUUUAUCUUCAAUUUUUGAUCAAAUUUAAUCAAAAUUCCUUCAAAAAAACGAUGAGUUACUUCCCGAAUUACUAUUCUCUGCACGACAUCGCUGUCACGCAAGAAAAAAUCCCGUGUCAAAGUCUCACCGUUCAAAAGAAAAUGGGAUUUCUCGAUUCUGGCUCGGAUUCGGAAGACCUCAAGCAACAAUCCAUCGAUAUGCCUCUGUGGUACUGUCUCGCCAUCGAAGGAUCCAAAAGUGCAACGUUCAAGAUGAAUAUUCCCGACAUCUACAAAGACACGUACACGGAAAUUUGCAAAGCUGAUGCCAAAGUUCUUGACUUGAAUCGUCUCAACAAGUAUUUUUACGAAUUCGGGCGUUACGUUUCAAAGUUUGAUCGACAUGGGAAUGUAGCGCAAAUGAUUUUCGAAGCCUGCAAAUCGAGAAUGCAACAUUUGAAGGAUUUGUGCUGCGGCGACAAACUAUCUGACGUGAAAUCAUCACAUGGUUUGGAGUUUUUGGAGCACGAAUUGUAUUUGGUUGGAAAUUCUACGACAGAAAAGUUCAAUAAAUGGUUACAGGAUGAAACGGCAAGUAGUAAUAUCGAAGCUUCGCAGAUGGUUGUGAAUCAUCGCAAGAGAAAAAGGGAGAAUCGGGAGGAAGAUGAUAUUUUGUAAGAGGUAAAAAGGUCUGAAAAUUCAUCGAAACACAAAAUAAAUUAUUUUUUUCA